AUGACAGGAUCCAACCAGAACCAGAAUGAGUUCCUACGUGAGAUGGAACAAAGACUUAUGACUGCAAUGCAAACCAUGCAAACCAGGCAGGAGGAGUUACGUGAUGUACGCACUCAAAUAAGUGUGAUAGGUAACGCCACCAAUCAACACAAUCGUAGAUUGUCCGAGUUGGAAAAAGGUGAACCAACACCCAAAAGUGAGCAUAACCAUUUCCACCCUAAUCAGGAGGAUCGGAUUGAGUCAAUCUUCGAAUACAAAGAAUAUGAUGAUGAGAAGUGUUGUAAACUGGCAACACUCAAGCUCACUAAGUUAGCUGGAUUGUGGUAUGAAAACCUCAAAUCCAAGAGGAGACGUGCUGGAAAAGAGAAAAUUAGUUCUUGGGCAGUCUUGAAAAGAAAAAUGAUGCAACGUUGGAUUCCUCGGGAAUACGUGCAAGAUCAAUAUGUCCAACUCACUUGCCUCAAUCAAGGUGACUUGAUUGUUGAUGAGUACGUGAAGGAGUUUGAAAGACUUAGUAUCUUGUGUGAUUUGGAUGAAACAGAACCAUUGAGGAUGGCUCGUUUCACUAGAGGCCUUGCGAAAAGCAUAGCCAAUAAAGUAGACCUCUUACCCUACACUACUUACGAUGAUGUUGUGAAGGCAGCUCAUAAAGUAGAGGCACAGCAGAAAGAUAGUCAAUCAAAGAACACAUCCGGUGUUCCUUACAAAGCUUACACGCCUAGCAACCGUUUCGACAAGGGAAAAGCUCCUAUGUUCCCAAAGAAACCCGAGAACAAGGUGGAUGAUAGAGGUGAACGCACUUGCUUCAAGUGUGGACAGAAGGGACAUAUUGCAACCAAUUGUCCUAAAAGGAAUACCCUAGCCAUUCAUGAAGGUGGCUAUGUGACGAAUGAGGAUGAAGAGAGUGACAGUGAAUGUGAUGAAUGUGCGCCUGAAGAAGAUGACAGUUCUUUUUGUGGUGUAGUAAGAAGGAUCUUGUACACUAAACCAGUACAAGAUAUGCAACAACGGGAAAAUCUGUUCAACACCCGUUGUAAGGUAAAAGAUCGCAUUUGUAGCAUGAUUAUUGAUAGUGGGUCAUGUACGGAUGUGGUUGCUUUGGAGUUAGUAAACAAACUCAAGCUUCCUACUAGAGAUCAUGCCAAGCCGUACAAACUCAAUUGGCUUGACAAUGAUUCCGGUGUACGUGUGAGAAAGCAAGCCUUAGUAGCUUUUGCCGUGGGAAAUUUUUGUGAUGAACGAUGGUGUGAUAUACUUCCUAUGACGGCAUGUCAAAUAUUGUUAGGGCAUCCAUGGCAGUUUGAUCGUAAGGCUAUACACGAUGGUGUAACAAAUGUGUAUACGGUCAAAACUAACGAAGGCAAGAAAAUCAAGCUACUACCUUUACCCCCUAAAAUAGAGAAAGUUAGAGAAGAAAAAGCCUAA